AGAAAGGAGGGAGGGAGGAAGAGAGAGAGAGAGAGGAAGGAAAGAAGGAAGGUGGAAGGGAAGGGGAAUUUGAUCAAAGUAUGUCAUGCGUGGAUGGAAGAAUCACAGAGAAACCCCCUUUGUACAGUUAGUGUACACUAAUUAAAAAGAGAGGACAGAAAGGUUACACAAGUAGUUCUAGCCUGUCAUAGCACAGAUAACAGAUAGUGCAGAUCCAGAAGUUAAGCCAGGCUGAUGGGUGCAGAGGUAGUUACUACAUUAGGUUCAUGAGUUCUUCACGUUCAGAGCAUUUCACAAUGAGAAGAUAGUAAUCUGAGGCAUUGGGGUUGCAUGUCUUCUGAGCGUGCUGUGACUGGUAUCAGUUUUCUCCCACUGUAGAUCAAGCUCCAAGUGUCUUAGGUCCCUGCUUUAUAUGUGUUUGGUGCAAAGGAGAAAAACAGUCAGCUGACACAGUGGUCGGGCUCAACUAUGAGAGCAAGAGGAGGAGAAUGGAGAGGACAGGACUCCUGCAUGUAUGCAGUCACGAAGACUGGUCAGAGCUGGCCUGGGGACAGCUUCUAUGAAAGGCUCAAGCAUCUUUGAGGUCUCCUAUCCCUGACCACCCAACACUGUCCAGUUGCCUCACUUGUUCUGAUUUAUGUAUUGUUCAUCUCUUUGAGGUGGCAGGCAGUUCCGAAGCUUCAGAAUAUGUGCAGUCGGGCUUGAUCCGAGACAUAAACAGCCUUUCCUGAAAAAGCCUGGUGUCUGUGACCAAGGCCUUGAUGUCCUGUUUGAGCUCUCUUUCCUGCAUUCAAAGAUGGUGGGCUGCAAGAAUAGAAAAGACAUUUUGUUAAGUUUGAAGCCAAUGUGGACUCAGUGUGUAGUUGUUAUUAUUUCAGUUAAAGCAUCUGGCUUCCUUUGUUUUGAGUAGUGUUCUCUCAACAUUUUCAAACUAUUUUUAUAAAGUCUAUUGGCUAUGAUUCUUAACCCUGAUAAGCACACUAUUCUAAAAUUUACAUUGUGAGGAAAAUUAUGUCAUCGCUUUCUUCUUUGAUAUUUCCUGUUCCUUCCUCAAAGUAAGGACCCACUUUCCUGGUGUUUUAGAGUAUUGUUCCUCUUUUUGUUGAAAAAGAGCCUUUGUUUAACGAUUUGAGCAAUGAAUUUGCAUAUAAUUUGUGUGAAUUCAGUAAUUUUCCAUGGGGUGGCCGUUUGUAUAUUAAUAAUCUUUCCUUCACCUGGUAUGAGAGCCUGCACUACCACCUUAACCAUGACCAGGUACUUAUGAAGAAGGGGCUCUUCUUCCCUCAAGAGCCUUCUGGCAGUAUGGGAGACAGAAGAAUGUGUCUGUCAUUACCAGCCUGUAAGUGAGUGCCAGGCCACAGGACGUCUUCUCAGGGAAGGUGACUGAACGUGUGAACAGCUGCUUUUACCUCCACCAUCUGGCCGGGCCUUAGACUCAGGUUGAGAAAAACAACUUCCAAGUCUGUUAUAAAUAGCAUGCUUCGGGACCCUUCUCAGAUUCCAGAUGGAGUUCUAGCAAAUCAGGUCUAUCAGUGCAUUGUGAACGACUGCUCUUAUGGACCACUGGUGGACUGCAUCAAACACGCCAUUGGCCAUGAACAUGAACUCCUGCUGAGAGACUUGCUUCUGGAGAAAAACCUGUCCUUCCUAGAUGAAGACCAACUCCGGGCAAAGGGUUACGACAAAACUCCAGACUUUAUCUUACAAGUGCCAGUUGCUGUAGAAGGACACAUAAUUCACUGGAUUGAAAGCAAAGCCUCAUUUGGUGAUGAAUGUAGCCACCACGCCUACCUGCAUGACCAGUUCUGGAGCUACUGGAACAGGUUUGGGCCGGGCUUAGUCAUCUAUUGGUAUGGAUUUAUCCAGGAGCUGGACUGCAACCGGGAGAGAGGGAUCCUGCUCAAAGACUGUUUCCCCACGGACAUUGUCACCUUAUGCCAUGGCAAGGCUUGACCCUGAAAAUCCUGGAAGAGAAGCUGGGAGGAGGAGGUGAAUCCGGAAGCAGUUUUCCUUUCCUGCAGUGCAAACUCCUGACAACAUCUGCUCUGAACUUCAGCUGAACUCGCUGCUGUGGUCACACUGCUACCUCUCUAGACAAACAUAUCAAGAGUUUCUGUUUCCCUUCAUCCCUUGCUGAUGUGAACAGCCAAGAACGACAGACACAGCCCACUCAUUAUCAGCGUAUCUGUCUCUGUCAAACAAUUAGUUUAUAGAUAGUCAUAACUUUCUUCCUUCCGAUGGUUUCUCCUGUACACCACACAAAAGAAAAACUGCAGAGUCUGCAAGGUGUGAUUUUUCAGUCCUCCUCCCAGCUAUCCAAUCACCCCCUCAUUUUUCCCCUAAGCCUCCAUUCGCUCUCUCUCCCUCCCCUUUCUCUUCGUGUGCACUUACAGACACCCAGUGUUGCAUUACCCUCACGGAAUAAGUCUGACGAGCUUCUCGCUGGCACCUGCAGGAUUCCAGCAACCUCCAUGGCACAGCAGCUUGGGCUGUGUGCUGGUUCUGUGAGCCUUGACCAUUUCCUGACUUCUGAGGCGUCAGGCCAAGCUGCAAAAACACACGUGAUGAGAAUUUCCUCUUUUUAUAAUGCUUAUUUGAACACCCAGCAUUUUUAUAUUUAUCUCAUUUAAAGUAUUAGUUACAUUGUGUCUGGAAACCACUGCUUGGCUGGCUUGGGGCUGAGGGGUAAGGACUGAAGCAGGGGCCACAUUGUGGAGAGUGUAUUUUUAACACAGCUAGUUGUCAUACUGUGUUAGCCACUAUUUUUAUGAGUAAAUGUUUUCAAAGCACAUUCUGUGCUCUGCUUUGUAUGUGCAUUUUAUAACACAUAAUUAUAUAACACUCAAAUAAUUUAGACAUUAGAAAGAUUCCACUUCAAAUGAAUUAAAUGUGCCAGAAAUAAACUCA